CCGCGUCUCGGUUGCGAUUGAGGAUCACGGCGAUCUCUUGUACAUCCGCAACCCACGGCGCUACCCCCAGCUCCUGACCACAACCGCCGUCCGCCGACCACCGACCACCGACCACCGACCGCAGACUUGGGGGGAUUGCCUCAACGCCCAAUUCGGAGCCAUGCGCGGAAACAGUGCCGCCGACGCAUAAAUUACCGUCCAGUUCCCAACGCUACCUCCGUCGAUAGAGGCAUCCUCCGUUGAUUCGAAUCCUUGAUAUCAAGGAAGGACCGAGGAAAAGGAGAGGGAAAAAAAAUAAUUGGUUGGAAACGUUGACGAUAACCCCUAAAGCAAAGAGGGAUCAUAUUGUUUGCAAAGUGCAGAUGAGAAAGAACAGAGAGUAACUGGAUAUGCCAAAAGGACCAUGUCCCCCGCCGUGGGCGUUGUGGUCGAUUUGACCAUGGACACAUCGCCCAGCGACACUUCUGCUGCAGACGAGGUCGUUGUCGCAGCGGCCCAUACUGUCUCGGUCGAUUCUACGAACGGCGACUCCAUUCCCGCACGACGGUCAUCCAUCUCGGCUUCGAACACACAACCGCGUAAUUCCCCGUCGGCUGCGAAGCCGGGCAGAGCACAAAGCCCGCAGUCCGCUGCGUCGCAGAAACGGGCUCCCAAUGCGCCGCCUGCGGGAAGACAAGCACAAGCGAACGAUAGCGCUCCGCCACGAGACGCGCGCCUCUCCGCGCGAGACGAGAUUCGAGACUCGCAGUCUCCUCCCCCUAGCGUCCAGUCCGCCGCCCAACAACAGCCGCAUACCCCGCAACUGCCGAACCAGCCCUCUAAGGGCCACCAAACACCUGGCACUCAGACGCCAAAGGAGACGGAAUGGACGGUCGACAAGAUAGCGAGCGCCCUUGCCGAACUCUCGGAGCAAGUCGCUCAAGGCCAUGCCCGGCUCGUCGAGUUCGUCCUCGAGGAGGCCGAGAAAAAGGCGCGCCGGCCCAGGCAUCUCAGUGACUCCGACGACUUUGCGGACAUGCGUUCGAUCGCGCUUGACAGCAGCGCUUCCGCGCCUCAGGGGGUAGAGACCAUGGCAGUAAAGUUCAAGGCGAGUUGCGGCUCAAGCGGUGAAGGCUCGGAUCGUCAAGGUUAGCGCUAACCCUCUCAGCAGCAACACAGCGGAGAGCACGGCAAGACAAAGAGCAGCGGGCGCCGCGUCUUGUGCCCUGUCGUCU